UCAAAGCCUUAAAAUGCUGCUGGGUAACUCCGGAGAUUGAGUAAGUCCGGCCAUGGCGACGAUUUCUCAUGUUCCUUUCUCUUUCUCCUUCCCUUCCUUUCACAAUCGGAAUUCAUUGCUAUACUAUCAUCGUCAUCGUCAUCAGCAACCGCAACUUUUUGUUUCGCUCUUGAUUUUGACGAAGAAGAAUGGUUUCGUCUGUUUCGCUUCUUCCAUCAAACAAGCCAGGGUUCGUAAAAGAGUGAAGAGCAACGAGGAGCUUCGGAGUGAGAUUAUGGAGUUCGUUGCUUUGGCUGGACUUCCUCAAGGUCACGUGCCGUCCAUGAAGGAGCUCUCGGCACAUGGAAGAGUUGAUCUUGCCAACGUUGUCAGACGAAGAGGAUACAAGUUCAUUAGGGAACUUCUUGCAGACUCUGAUUUGGAAGGCUGUAAUGAGUUAAUUUCUGAGAAUAACACGAUCAUGGAAACAAGUGCCAGUGGUAUUUGUUUGAAAGAUUUAUCAACAGAAGGUCAGGACGAAGAAGCACUGGAUGUGAUUGAUGGAAAUUCGUAUACCGAACGACAUUCAAGCACUCAAGUACACUUAACUGCAAUAGAUGGUAGCAUGCCUGAGGCUGAAGAACAUGGAAGUGUGAGUAAAGAUAGUAUAGUUGAGUCUGAGAAUAAGGAUCGGAUGUUAGGACUUUCUUCUUCUAUUUCAAGCAUAGAUGACAAAUCAGCCAGAUUUAUCCAGAAUGGAUGCUUGGAUACACUUGAUGAUGAUGAAAAUGACACACCUAAUGAAAGCUGUCCUGAAGAAUCUAAAGAAAGUGCAGAAACAAGUAAAGGACGAGAGUACAUAGGAGACAGUCAUGGUGGUCAAAGAAGUGUGAGUGCGGUGUCAAAUGGAAGUGCCGUAGCAUUGGAGGAGGUUACCUAUGCUACAGAAGUUAAUAGCUCCAACAGGAAUAGUGAUCAGAGAGGUGGUAAUGCUGAACUGGACAAGGAACUUGAUGAGACCAUGAAACGGGAAAAUCAGGUUGAGAUUACUCGGCUGAGGUUCAUCCUGCGUCAAAAAGAGCUGGAACUGUCAAGGUUGAAGGAGCAAAUUGAAAAGGAAAAACUGUCUCUUUCGGUUCUUCAUAGACAGGCUGAAACAGAGAUCCAAAAGGCACAAAUGCUUGUCUCAGAGAAGGAUGUUGAAUUGCAAGAAGCUGAGGAAAAUCUCUCAGGAUUGCAAGAGGUUGAGAUUGAAUAUUGCGGAGACGGUAAUGUUGUAGAGGUGACUGGUAGCUUCAAUGGCUGGGAACACCGAGUAGGACUGGAACGCCAAGCAUCCAAGUCAACCGGGAAACAGAAAUGCUGGUCAACAUUACUGUGGUUAUAUCCCGGUACAUACGAGAUCAAAUUCAUCGUGGACGGUCAAUGGACAACGGAUCCUCAAAGAGAUUCGGUUACAAGAGGACACAUCACAAACAACAUUCUCAAAGUUGACAGAUGAUCUCUUGCGUUUACUGUCUUAGAGUUGAAUUCAGUGCAGAACAUGUAUUCAAAGCGUUAUUAUCAAAUAUCCGAUGCCGAUCUCAAGUGUAAUAUGUUUUGCUCUGUUUCUAGCGCUUAGGGCUUAGGGGUAGACUCUGUACAAAACUACACCUUCAGGUAAUUUAUUAAAUAAUAUUUGUCUUAAUAAAGUCAAAAUACG